AUGUCGGAACUUGCGGGAUUAGAGAAUGAUAUCAAGGAGUAUAAGCUGCAACUAGAAACUGUUCAGUUGGGGCUUCAAGCUGAUCCUGAUAAUGUAGAGCUUCAGACCCUAAAGGCUGAACUCGAAGAAGUCAUUUCCCUCACCGAGUCCACGAUCGCAGAACUAAAGCCAGCUCCAGCACCAGUAGCCCAACCAAUAAAAUCUUCGGAACCGCCAGUCAAGGAAAAGUGGUCGCGAGAAAACCACCCUGCCUUCAAGAAAGCAGCGCCACCCCCAGCAGAAGAGCCUGAAGUUGUCACAAGCUUUUCAGUCAACGAUAUGGUAUUGGCAAAAUGGCAUUCGGGCGACAAAGGGUUUUACCCGGCUCGAAUCACAUCUAUAACUGGCUCGUCCACAUCUCCUGUCUAUAUUGUCAAGUUCAAAAACUAUGAUACCACAGAGACUCUGCGGGCCAAGGAUAUCAAACCCAUAGUCAAUCCAAACAAGCGUAAAGCUGAUGGUACACCAGUCGUAGCUUCGGUUCCUACACCCCCAUCGACGUCGAAUGUUAUUUCAGCAGCCGCCGAUAUUGAUCCAGAGCUUGCGCAGCAAUCCAAGCGCGAGCCAAGCAAAGUCAGUGACGGACCCACAAGACCAGCAAAGGUACCAAAGAAGAUCAAGGCAAAGAAAGAACUAGAUGACGGUAAGAAGAAAUGGCAAGACUUUGCUGCGAAAGGAAAAUUUGGCAAGGCAGGGAAGAAGGACAUUGGAUUUACCGGGUCGGGACAAAGUAUGCGAAAAGAUCCGACAAGAAGUCGUCAUAUAUAUCAAACGAAUGGUGAUGAUGAAGGAUUUGCUUAG